GGCGGCUUCCUGGGCUCGCCGCGGGCGCUCCACGACCACCUGGCCGGGCCGGCCCACUCCUGGCCCACGACCGAGAUCUACACCGAUUCCCACGUCAAGGUCCAGCAGCUCGACCUCACAUUAACCGGCCCACAGAGCCGUCAACUGCUGUUCUGCAAGGAGGACGGCUCCGCCUUCGUUCUUCUCGCCGCCGCGGCUGCCGGAAGCGAGCUGAGGGCGGCGGCCCACGUGUCGCUGACGUGCGUGAGGACGUCAGCAUCAGUAACGGCGGGCCCGCAGUACUGGGCCGUGCUCUGGGCCCACGCGCCGAAGGACCCGGUCACCGGCAAGGAGUUCCGGCAGCAGGAUGAGUUCGUGGUCCAGAGCCGCCGCUCGCCGUGCGAGAUCGGCGCCGGGGAAGACGACGGGACGCUCGCUCAAGCGCAAGUACCUGCACGGGUGCGGCGAGGAAGAGAGGAAGAUUCAGCUCUACCUCCGCAUUGCUAAGCUCAAACCCCCUUCGGCAUCGAGCUCGGCCAGACAGAAGGAUGAUGUUAAUCUGUUAUCCUUUGGUUAAGAUGCUGCUUUUCAUUGAGUACUGCCUCCGGUUGGUAAUUCUUGUCCCAAUUUGUUCAAAAAUUGAUGUAUCAAUUACUAAAAAACGUCUAGAUACAUGUAAUAUUUUGACAAGAAUUAUGGAAUGGAGAGAGUAUUACCUUUUGUUGCA